GGGGCGGGGCGGCGCGGAGGAGCGGCGGGCGCGAUGCUGCCACCCGCGGUCCGCUUGGUGCCGCUGGGCCGGGCGCCGUACGCCGAGCUGCUGGCGCUGCAGGAGCGCUGGCUGCAGCGGCUGCAGGCCGGGCCGGGCGCCGGCGCCCCGUCGGGCACGGAGGCGGGCGCGCUGCUAGUGUGCGAGCCCGCGGGGCCCGUGUACACGGCCGGGCUGCGGGGCGGUCUGACGGCCGAGGAGGUGGCGCGGCUUCGGGCUCUGGGCGCCGAGGUGCGUGCCACGGGCCGCGGCGGCCUGGCCACCUUCCACGGCCCCGGUCAGCUCCUCUGCCACCCGGUGCUUGACCUCCGGCGCCUCGGCCUGCGCCUGCGCACCCACGUGGCGGCGCUGGAGGCAUGCGCCGUGCGCCUGUGCGAGCUGCUGGGCCUGCCCGGCGCCCGCGCGCGGCCCCCGCCCUACACCGGCGUCUGGCUCGGGGAGCACAAGAUCUGCGCGAUCGGAGUCCGCUGUGGAAGGCACAUCACAUCCCAUGGCCUGGCUCUGAACUGUUCCACCGACCUCGAGUGGUUUGAGCAUAUUGUGCCCUGCGGUCUAGUGGGCACUGGUGUCACUUCCCUGAGUCAGGAGCUCCAGAGGCACUUCACUGUGGACGAAGUAAUGCCACAUUUCCUUAAGGCCUUUCAGGAGACCUACAAGUGCAGGCUCAUCUCAGAAGACUCCCCCAGCUGAAGAACAGUCAUCUUCCCGCCUCCUCCUUCACUCACCCUGGAGUCUGUGGGCAGUUUUGAGCUCUGAACCUUUGUCUUCAUCAGUAUUCUGCUUUCUCUCUACCUUCCCCAGCCACCUUCCACAUAGUAGAUCUGAAACAUCAAAGCUCUAUAAAGACAAGGCAUUCAUUGAUUCAUUUAUAAGGAAGGACAAGGUGCUACUGAUCCAUCAUCACAGCUUCGAGAAACUUGGAUGUCAUUUCUCAACUAUUUAUUACUUCUUCAAAAUGGAUGUCAGUUCUCAAAUAUUACUUCUCCAGUAUGGUAUUUAAUUGGAUAAUUCUGGGCAUAAGUUCCUUGAUUUUGUAGGAACAUGGCAGCCCAAUUAAAGCUGAUCUGAUGAGGUGAUUUUUAGUUCAAGA